UCUGCCAAGGGUUCUAUUGGUAUACCAGGUGUACCAGGCUUCCCUGGACAAAAGGGAGAGCCGUUUUCUGAAUUCAGACCAGGAGAAAAAGGGGAGAAAGGAGACACGGGACAUAUUGGCAGGCCUGGAAACGAUGGCCACCCUGGGUCUCCAGGACUGCGAGGUCUCAAAGGUGUCCAGGGCCCUCCAGGGGAUUCGGUGAGAACAUUUGGCCGUGGAAAUCUUUCCAGUUUUUUAGUAGAGAGGGAGCAAAAGGUUUUCCAGGUCCACCAGGGCUUUCGGGGAGACCAGGACCACAAGGAUACCCUGGAGCAGAGGGGUAUGGGCCUGCUGGACCUCCAGGAACCGAGGGCAAUUUGGGGGUACCUGGGUUCCCUGGGUCACCUGGAUUUCCAGGCCAGAAAGGAGAACCAGGCUUCAUUCACGCAAAAGGCCUUCCUGGACCACCUGGGUUUAAAGGUCAAGAAGGAUUACCAGGAAGGCCAGGUGACAAGGGGUCGCCGGGAAUCCCAGGUCUCCCGAGUAUCGGCCCUCCUGGUCUGCCAGGUCGACAAGGCCUUCCUGGUCGUCCAGGAGGUGAUGGUGGUUAUGGACUGCCAGGACCUAGAGGCCCACCAGGCCUUCCUGGAAAUGAUGGUGCUCAAGGGCCUGGAGGAGAUCCUGGAAUACCUGGCUCACCAGGGAAUCCGGGAUUACCAGGAAAUCCAGGGUCAUCGGGAGAAAAAGGACCGGAUGGGCUGCCUGGUGAAAAGGGAAACAGAGGAUUCCCUGGGUUUGGUAAACCUGGCCCUCCAGGUGAACCGGGUCAUCCCGGGCCAUCGGCACCAGGUGAACCUGGAGAAGUUGGUCCCUGGGGAGAUACUGGAAGUAUUGGAACAAAAGGACCAAGGGGAAAUACUGGAGCACCAGGGAGGCCUGGGGGAAGAGGAGUACCUGGCCCCCCCGGGAUACCAGGAGAUCCAGGCCUCCAAGGCAAUCCUGGUUCACCUGGAUAUCAAGGACCAAGAGGUUCAGAUGGACCUCAGGGAAGCAACGGAUGGUACCCAAGGCCCACCAGGAGGUUUUGGGCCUCAAGGUCCCAAAGGCAAUCAGGGACAGGAUGGCAUCCCUGGACCACCAGGAGAGAAAGGAGAUACAAUUGUGAUCGAGGGACCACCUGGUUCACGUGGUGACCCAGGUCAGCCAGGUCUUUCUGGCAAUCUUGGUUUGCCUGGCCCACCUGGUCUAGCAAUUCCCGGAUUAAGAGGAGACAGAGGACCUCCUGGAUCAUAUGGGGUCUCAGGCCCCAGAGGACCACCGGGAGGAGAUGGGGCAUGUUACCCCGGGGCUAAAGGAGACCGUGGACUCGAUGGCCAUGCGGGUAGGCCAGGCAUCAAAGGUGAACCAGGAUAUGGCAGGGUAAUAUAUGAACCAGGACCCCCAGGCUUACAUGGUUCUCCUGGCAACCCUGGGCCCCCUGGGAACACUGGACCAGUGGGACCACCAGGCCAAACAGGUCUCCCGGGUAUUAAAGGAGUCCAAGGUUCCAGCCCGGUGGGGCCAUCUGGAUUUACUGGGCACAAGGGAGACAAAGGAGCAUCAGGUUUGCCAGGUCAACCGGGCAGCUCUGGAGAUCCAGGCAACAAGGGCCAAAAGGGAGUACAAGGGGAAAGUGGCUAUGGCUAUGUGACCAGUUUCCUGAUUGCGCGACAUAGUCAGAGUACUCAGGUGCCUAGGUGCCCUGAAGGCACCACCCUUAUUUACGUUGGCUACUCCUUCCUCUUCAUCAACGGAAAUGAACGAGCUCAUGGUCAAGACCUUGGCACCUCGGGAAGCUGUCUGCCUCGAUUCUCCCCCAUGCCCUUCCUCUUUUGCGACACGGAGACAAACUGCCGCUACGCUUCUCGUAACGACUACUCCUACUGGCUGUCCACUGAUGCGCCCAUGCUUCCCUCCAUGGUUGCCUUGACAGGCGAGCAGCUCUCCUCCCACAUCAGCAGGUGCGCCGUGUGUGAAACUAGCUCGAAUGUCAUAGCGGUCCACAGUCAGACAACUCUGCUACCAGAAUGUCCCAGAGGCUGGGAGUCCCUCUGGAGUGGAUAUUCAUUUGUCAUGCAAACAGGUGCUGGUGCAGAAGGCUCUUCCCAACCUCUAGUGUCUCCUGGCUCGUGCCUUGAACAUUUCCGCCAAGUGCCAUUCAUAGAGUGUCACGGCAGGGGGACGUGCAACUACUACCCUGAUUCGUACAGCUACUGGCUGGCAUCCGUCCACCCUGACAUGUUUAGUAAACCCAUUCCCCAGACGGUGAAAGGACCUUCACGAGAAAACAUAAUUGGUCGCUGUCGGGUUUGCCGCAAGUAGUAGUAGCAACCUGAAAAAUGUGACGGAUGUACAAAUACUUUUGAGUGCACUUCACCAUGCUCUGGUGACAAUGUUUAGCUUCAUUUGGCCCGCCCCAGGAAGCAGCGUGUCGGGCUACAGUUAGGCUCAAAAUGAUUACACCUCUUCAUGACAUCAAAUGAAAUCUUGACGAGUGACGACGAGACCUCGACUGGACAUGCUCAAAGUUUGUUUGCGUUCACAGCAUGCAAGGGGCGGGGCCUUUUCGUAGUAUAUGGGCGGUGGGAGUUAAAGUACAAUUUACCUCAUGCAGUCCAUCAUCUUCAUUGCGCAAAUGUGCCUUGGACUGCAGGCAAUGAGAGGCGGCCCGAAAAGGUGCAUUUUUAUAGUUUUGGGAAGGUUAGAUCAGAAAAUCAAUCAGUAUUGAUUGAAACAGUUGUCAUUUACCUAAAGUACAUCUGCGUAAUAAUCAUGCUGUCUAACCAGCAUCUUGAAAUAGCACAUCUGUGAGGUGGAUUGGUAACUUGGCAAAGAAGUGCUCACAAACAGAAAAUGUUGGUCUGAAGAAACAUUUUGUUCUCUGUAUGAUGUACAAUUAAACCUAACAUUAUUCAUA